AUCCCAGAGCUGAUCCAAUACAUCAACUUAAUUAAUUAACUUCCCUCUACCCUUACAUCGAUCUGUUGCUUUUUGCCUGGAAAUUGAAGGAAGAAAAAAAUGCCUAUAGUUACCGAGACUGUGACAUUUAGGAUGUUCUCCUCCGCCAGCGACGUUUGGAGCGCCGUCACCGCGGCCCAAGCUGUUUUCCCGAUGGCUAUGCCAAACCUCUACGCCGACAUCAAGCGCAACAGGCGCGACGGCUUCACCGAAGGCUCGAUCCGCGACAUCACUUUCGGUCCUGCUUACAGCAGGGUAGUGGGAUCGGCGAGGGAAGAGAUCGUUGAAGUUGACCAUUCCAACAUGACGGUGAAGACGACGAUGAAUGACGACGGCGCAUUCGUGCCGCGGCUCUUCGACAGCGUUGACAUCACCACGGCCGUGGUGCCUUCGUCCCGCACCAACCUUAGGGCCACAGGCUGCACACUUACUUGGUCCUUCACCUACGACAGCGCUAAGGGUAACGCCGACGUUAACAACCUCAAGAACGUGAUGCAGACUGCGUUUCAGGAUUUGGACGACUACCUCAGGAGGGGACGUGGCAAUCGCCGGUGAACAAGACUGCCUUUCAUUGUCGACCAGGCCAUCGAUGGAUAAUGUUGUUGCCUUACUCUUCUAUCGUUCCCCUCCUACUAUAAUAUGACGGUCUACUCCAUUGAUCCUCUUGUGUUGUAGACCGUCUUUUGUUUCGUAUUGUGUUGGGGUUUUUUUUAUCUUAUUGUAUCCAUGUUGUUUAAUUUCUCUAUGUCUUUCAUUUUCGAUUCCCUGUGUUUCUUUCCUGAGUUUUAAUUGUCUAUGCUUGAAAUAAAGUUUUCCCGUGUUGUGUCGUGUCGUGCAAGCUCCGGCCAAUCCCUCCUAAUUGUUCUGUAUGUUGUCAAAACCGUAUUAGUCGAAGCACGAGAGCAAUAUGAGUUAGCUGGUCAAUUGAACUUUUGAGCAGAGUGUAAAAGGGGUAAAUUCUACGCCUUACGGUAUUUAAGUUUUUGAGAUUGACCGCUAUGUGUAAUACUUUCCUUUGUAUGUGUAUAUGAUGCAUUGUGAUUUCAUAUGAUGCUUUCAGUUCUGUGUUAUUGCAUGUUUUACUAACAAGUAACUUCAAAGUUUGAGAAACAUGUGUUCUUUUAAGAAGUACUUCACCUUUAGUUAAGGUGAAGUAAGUUUAAGAGCUUUUAGUCCCUAGAUCCAGUUCAUUGCCAUUUGAGACUUUUAAGACAAGCAGCAAUUAUGCUCGUGAUAUUUUUAAAAUGAGCAACAGUAAUCCUCUUGAGAAUCGUGGUGAAGAGCCACCACGAUAAGUUUAAGUUUAAGGAAAUCCUGGAUGGACUCUCAUACCUAUGAGUUGGGAACCGGACUAGCUAAUCCACGUGUCAGUCAAGAAUUUAAGUUGAAAUUUGAGUUUUAAGAACACAGUUUUAAGAGCUAAGUUUUUUAAUAGUGGAAGUACAAAAACAACUUCCAAAGAGUUAAGUUUUUCAUAAACUUACCCUAAUUCACUCACCAGUUUGAAGAGGAGGAGGAGAAACUAGAGGAACAGUUAGAGAGCAGCGAGAUCGAGAGUAACGGUUCGAGCGAAGCCAGCUAAAGGGGGAUGGUACGAUGCGUCACGUAGGAUGCCUAGUCAAGGUUUUCAUUAGGCAACGACAACGUUAGAGACCUUUUAGUUAUUUCAAUUUAUGAUUAUGAGUAUAGACUAGAGGCUCAUAUUAACUUUUUAUGAUUGAGUAUGGCCCAAGUGUUAGGGCUUUGUUUUAAGAAAUUAUAGUUUAUUCUCAGUAUUUGUUAAUGUUAUUUAUGAAAUGUUUUUUGCUAUUUUUUCCAAGUAUUUUCAGUUCUGAUUUUGUUUCACAGUUUGACAAGGGUAUUUUAGUAAAAAUUAGUACCUGGUUGGGUUAGGGUGUGACAUACUUUCUCCUCAAUCGACAAAUUCAGAACUUGUUCCCAGACAAACUGGACAUCCAUCCCAUCAGUGGAAAAUAACGAGGAAUUGGAGUCACUGGCAAUGGUGGCCUUUCCAUCCUCCUCCAUCACCCAUAAUCAUAAACCAUCUGGAGCAUAUAAUCCAGAGAUAAAGUUUCUCUUUCGGAGUGUCCGAGUCACCAGAUGGAGGUAGGACGAGUUCUUAUCACCACCCUGCCACCAAUCCACCCUGGAUUUCUGUUUCCAAUAUAUUAUCCAGAGUGCG